AUGAGUAGACAAUACGAAGAUCACACCACCGAUUCGAAGACCUCGAGCAAUCUCUCCCUCAACCCAUUACCCAACAUGUCUUCUCCAGCUCCAUUGUUACGCCCUCCGAUUCCAGGUAGUCGACAAAAUGGCGGCGCAAGGACACCUAGGUUGGGCCUGGCCAUACCACCUUCUCCUAAUGCUAAGCCCGUCAAUGCUCCUGCAACAAAAGGUCUCACACUUCAAAUGCCUGGCUCGAUGCCUGCGCGACCGGCAUUACCUCGAUUACAACUAGCCACUCCUAUGGGAAGUAAUGCUACGCCAUAUGAACAAUCUGGAAGGGGUGCAGUUGCACCAGGACAAUCUGCAAGUGGGGGAAGCGAAAGUAGUGCAGCACAUUCAAGAUCAGGUAGCUUUGGGCCGAUGGAUGGGAAGGGGAGUGGUCCAACAUCUGCAGGUUCCCAAUAUUCUGCAUUCUCAUUAGCAUCGCAAUAUGGUUUGAGCAAGCCGCAAGGUACACCCGAUCCGUCAUCAGCUGUAGGCUCAUUAUAUUCGGAGAGGAGCGAGGGAGGUGUGGGCAUGGAGCGGGAUGGCAGCAUGAACGGACUUGAAGCAUUCGACAAACUUAGCUUAGAAAAAGGGAGAACAUUAGAUGUCGAAGAUUUAGAUGACGAUGGAUGGCGGAUAGCGAGUAUGGAGAAGAGGAUUGAGGAACUCGGAAGCUUGGGAGAGGGAGCAGGAGGUGCAGUAACUCGAUGUAUGCUGAAGGGUGGAAAGACCGUCUUCGCGUUAAAGAUCAUCACCACAAAUCCCGAUCCUGAUGUCAAGAAACAGAUUGUCCGUGAAUUAGGUUUCAACAAGGGUUGUGCUAACGAACACAUCUGUCGCUACUACGGAGCUUUCGUAGAACCAUCGACGGCUACCAUUUCCAUUGCUAUGGAAUUUUGCGAAGGUGGUUCUCUCGACUCAAUCUAUCGUGAAGUAAAGAAACUUGGUGGUCGCACUGGUGAGAAGGUCCUCGGAAAGGUUGCCGAAGGUGUCCUAAACGGUUUGACCUACCUCCAUGGGAAGAAGAUCAUUCACCGAGAUAUCAAACCUUCCAACAUUCUCCUGUGUCGCGAUGGUCAAGUAAAACUAUGUGAUUUUGGUGUAAGUGGUGAGUUCGGUACAAAGGGUGAUGCAAAUACCUUCAUUGGAACAUCAUACUACAUGGCGCCUGAACGUAUUACGGGUCAAUCAUACACCAUCACUUCCGAUGUCUGGUCAACUGGUGUAACACUUUUGGAAGUAGCCCAACAUCGCUUCCCAUUCCCAGCAGAUGGAUCGGAAAUGCAACCUCGUGCUGGUUUGAUCGACCUUCUAACAUACAUCGUUCGACAACCUAUUCCAAAAUUGAAGGAUGAGCCCGAUGCCGGCAUCAAAUGGAGUGACAGCUUCAAAUACUUUAUCGAGUGUUGUCUCGAGAAAGACCCUACUCGUCGUGCCUCACCUUGGCGAAUGUUAGAACAUCCAUGGAUGGUCGAGAUGCGAGGCAAACGUGUGAACAUGGCACACUUCCUAGCCACCGUAUGGGGCUGGUGA